UGGCUCGAGCGGCCGCAGCGGCGCCCUAUAAAACCCGGCGGCGCGACGCGCCACCACCGCCGAGACCGCGUCCGCCCCGCGAGCACAGAGCCUCGCCUUUGCCGCUCCGCCGCCCGUUCACACCCGCCGCCAGCUCACCAUGGAUGAUGAUAUCGCCGCGCUCGUCGUCGACAACGGCUCCGGCAUGUGCAAGGCCGGCUUCGCGGGCGACGAUGCCCCCCGGGCCGUCUUCCCCUCCAUCGUGGGGCGCCCCAGGCACCAGGGCGUGAUGGUGGGCAUGGGUCAGAAGGAUUCCUAUGUGGGCGACGAGGCCCAGAGCAAGAGAGGCAUCCUCACCCUGAAGUACCCCAUCGAGCACGGCAUCGUCACCAACUGGGACGACAUGGAGAAGAUCUGGCACCACACCUUCUACAAUGAGCUGCGUGUGGCUCCCGAGGAGCACCCUGUGCUGCUGACCGAGGCCCCCCUGAACCCCAAGGCCAACCGCGAGAAGAUGACCCAGAUCAUGUUUGAGACCUUCAACACCCCAGCCAUGUACGUGGCUAUCCAGGCUGUGCUGUCCCUGUACGCCUCUGGCCGUACUACUGGCAUCGUGAUGGACUCCGGUGACGGGGUCACCCACACUGUGCCCAUCUAUGAGGGGUAUGCCCUCCCCCAUGCCAUCCUGCGUCUGGACCUGGCUGGCCGGGACCUGACUGACUACCUCAUGAAGAUCCUCACCGAGCGCGGCUACAGCUUCACCACCACGGCCGAGCGGGAAAUCGUGCGUGACAUUAAGGAGAAGCUGUGCUACGUCGCCCUGGACUUCGAGCAGGAGAUGGCCACGGCGGCUUCCAGCUCCUCCCUGGAGAAGAGCUACGAGCUGCCCGACGGCCAGGUCAUCACCAUUGGCAACGAGCGGUUCCGCUGUCCCGAGGCGCUCUUCCAGCCUUCCUUCCUGGGCAUGGAGUCCUGUGGCAUCCACGAAACUACCUUCAACUCCAUCAUGAAGUGUGACGUGGACAUCCGCAAAGACCUGUACGCCAACACAGUGCUGUCUGGUGGCACCACCAUGUACCCUGGCAUUGCCGACAGGAUGCAGAAGGAGAUCACUGCCCUGGCACCCAGCACGAUGAAGAUCAAGAUCAUUGCUCCUCCUGAGCGCAAGUACUCGGUGUGGAUCGGCGGCUCCAUCCUGGCCUCGCUGUCCACCUUCCAGCAGAUGUGGAUCAGCAAGCAGGAGUAUGACGAGUCCGGCCCCUCCAUCGUCCACCGCAAAUGCUUCUAGGCGGACUGUGACUUAGUUGCGUUACACCCUUUCUUGACAAAACCUAACUUGCGCAGAAAACAAGAUGAGAUUGGCAUGGCUUUAUUUGUUUUUUUUGUUUUGUUUUGGUUUUUUUUUUUGGCUUGACUCAGGAUUUAAAAACUGGAACGGUGAAGGUGACAGCAGUCGGUUGGAGCGAGCAUCCCCCAAAGUUCACAAUGUGGCCGAGGACUUUGAUUGCACAUUGUUCUUUUUUUAAUAGUCAUUCCAAAUAUCAUGAGAUGCAUUGUUACAGGAAGUCCCUUGCCAUCCUAAAAGCCACCCCACUUCUCUCUAAGGAGAAUGGCCCAGUCCUCUCCCGAGUCCACACAGGGGAGGUGAUAGCAUUGCUUUCGUGUAAAUUAUGUAAUGCAAAAUUUUUUUAAUCUUCGCCUUAAUACUUUUUUAUUUUGUUUUAUUUUGAAUGAUGAGCCUUCGUGACCCCCCUUCCCCCUUUUUUGUCCCCCAACUUGAGAUGUAUGAAGGCUUUUGGUCUCCCUGGGAGUGGGUGGAGGCAGCCAGGGCUUACCUGUACACUGACUUGAGACCAGUUGAAUAAAAGUGCACACCUUAAAAA